AUGACAAGGACCGAAUUUGAUGCUACACUUGCUGAUUUAAUCUCUGAGAAUCAGUCCGAAAUCAAGUAUGAAAUACCUUUGAUUGAUGAUUUUCGAAGUGAGUCAGCAAUUUCAACAGCAGAUCUUUUUAUCAUAACAGGAAAGCCGCAAUCAUAUAAGACUACAUUAGCAGUUGAUAUUUUAAAGAAGUUAAUCGAAUAUAAUCCACAAAAAAACGCACUUUGGAUAGAUUGUGAUCUAAAAUUUCCAAAACAUUUAAUAAAGCAUAGGGAAAUUGACUUGCAACUACUUAAAUACAUAGCUUGUAAGUCAAGUGAAGAUAUUUUGUUCGCAUUACAGAAAGUCGAAUUUUAUAUUGACCAUGACGACAAUAAUAUAGUAGCAGUAGUCAUAGAUAGUCUUAAUUCGUCAUUCUGGAUAGAUUCUGCCUCAUUUGCUAAGAAGAAAAUCUUUUAUCAAAUGAAAAAUACGAUUGAACGAAUAGUUUCGAAAUUAGGAGUCACAGCAACUGUUAUUUUACAAGACUUAGGUGAUUUUACUAUAUGGACGCCAGCUCCUACUUGCAGUACACAAAUGAUUAAAUGUGUAGCCACAGAAAAUGGAAAAGGAUUCAUAACAACAGGAGAAUUAUGUGACCACUUCAUUUUAGACAAUAACCGUUGUUUUAUUUGGGGCAAAAGAACUGUUGCUGCCCAUGAAAUGGAAUUCAAUCAGCAACAACAAACUCCUGAAGCUGAUAAUAUCUCUGUUUUGUAG